AUGAGCGAUGCUACAUCAAGUGAUGGUGAGAAAAACCCAAACGGUUCUUCUUCGGUAGACAAUGGCAAUGAAAGCACGAUGGAUAACGGCAAUGAAAGCACGAUGGAUAACGGCGAACCGAUGGAACUGCCAACAGCUCCCGACAAUACCUUAUUCAUGACAACGUUGCAGUCUUCUUUUCCUCGUGCCACAGGAAUAAAGUACAAAAAUCCUAAGACAGGAGCUUCUAGAGCGAUCGCAUUAGAUGCAACUGGGACGAAACUUCUCCCUCCCGAAGAUGGUUGGGACGAUAAGACUUUUACAGCGAUCAUUUCGAGUUCGGAUGUGAGUGUGAAGCGGCGCAAAAUUGGUACAAGUGAUGAAGAGUCGGACAGUGAUGAUGAGGGUCGAGUUGGUCGCAAACGUCCGGCAGCGCCGCGCCGUCCCGUCGAUCUCAUCGUGCUCGGCGUCAGUUUCAAGACUACUGACGAAGGAUUCAAAAAGUACUUCGAAUCAUACGGUACCGUCUCUUUUGCAGAGAUCAAACGAACAGCGGAGGGCAGCUCGAAAGGAUUCGGUUUUGUACAAAUGAGCACAUUAGAAGAACAGGAUAAAGUUCUCUCGGUUGCCGUCCAUAUGAUAGAUGGCAGACGGUGCGAAGUUCGCAUUCCGGACCACAAGGUACGCGCCUUAAUAUUCAUAUUUGUUGGUCGACUCUUGGAGAAGAUAAAUGAGGAUAUCUUGCGUGAAUUCUUCGAAAAGGAAGCUAAACAAAUUAUGGAGUCCGCAUCGGUGACUGAUGUUUUCAUUCCAAAGCCUUUCCGUGGUUUCGCUUUCGUCACGUUUACGGAACCUGAGGUUGCCGAUAAGAUGGUCAAGUACGAUUUCUCAACGAACAAUUACGUGAUUGAUGAUAUGCCGGUAAUCGUAACUCUUGCUGUUCCUCGAGAAGAAGCUUAUGAGAGACAAAAUAGACGGAAUGGGAUACCUGUGUACUACAAUGAUUUUGGAUAUGGACACUACGGAUAUGGAAAAAGUGGCGCUGGUUAUGGAGGAUCGCCAAGAGGACCUAUGCCGUACCACAUGCGGGUUAGUUGGAAAUUGUUGAAAGGUUAA